AUGCAUUGGUCAUUGGUCACUUGUGAUUGGCAGGGCCAUGGAAAUAGUGGUUCUGAGCACAAACCCUGGAGAUUUGGUUCAUUGCUCAGUGGAAGUAGCGAGGGCUCUCGUAUUUAUGUACUCCGGUGGCGCCCCACGGCGACUCCCGGUAGCGAGAUUAUCUGUCCUGAAGUCGUAGGUGACUCGAGUGUAGUUCCAGGCGUUGCAUCCUUUGCUUUAAAACCCCAUGAUGUGGGCUCAUCCCUGAAGCCAUUGCUUCAAUAUGCAAUGAAACUCUUGCACUCGGAGAAAGACGACUGGGCAAAGAUUCCAGUCUAUCUUCGUGCUACCGCUGGCAUGCGUUUGCUCUUCCCAGAUGAGCGAGAAAACAUUUUGGAGCAUGUUCGCUCCUACUUCCGAACCUUGCCUUUUCACUUCCGAAAUGAAAUGGCCUCGGUGGCUACUGGCGAGGAGGAGGGCGUUUUUGGUUGGAUUUCUGCGAACUACUUGAUGGGAAAUCUCAAGCCUGACGAGGUUCCAACCUCUCAGACGACCAUUGGCUCCUUGGAUUUGGGUGGAGCCUCAGCACAAAUCGUCUUCAUGCCGCAGAAGUCGACAAUCCAGCAUGCCUUUCCACUCCACUUGGGUCCUCACCGCGUCCAACUCUACUCCUAUUCCUUCUUACAUUUUGGUAUAAGAGAGGCUGCCCACCGCACAGCCAGCGUUGUCAUUUCUGAUGCGCUGUUGUCUGUGCAAUCGGAGGCAACGAUUGGUCACCCUUGCUUUUCGAAGGGCUACAUUUACACACCAAUGUUUUCGUACAGCGGAGAAUCCUUCGCACCGAUUCAGGUUCGAAUGAAUGGAACCAGUGAUUUCAAUGGGUGUGAAUCGUUGGUGAAGCGCAUUUUCAACAAGGAUGCUCCAUGCCUCAUUGAAAAAUGCUCAUUUUAUGGUGUUUAUCAGCCACGCGUCUACGAAGUUCCCUUUUUGGCAUUUGCUCACUUUGCGGACGUGGUGGCCGAUUUGGGACUCCCGGUGGAUGCGCAGCUGGAGGACAUUCGCAUCGCCACGCGCUACGUUUGCUCCUUGACCUUGGUGCAGUUGGAGAUGCUCUUUGCUCGGGUGGCAGAUGAGUACGACCGCACCCAUCUCUGCUUUCACGCAACUUUUGCCUACACCUUGCUACACUUUGGCUACGAGCUUCAGGCGAAUCAAAUCAUGUUCAAAACCAGCAGUGGUGGCAAACCCAUCGAUUGGGCAGUUGGGGCCAUGAUCUACGAGAUCAACCAGGAUCCUCUGCUUUCUGUGCCUCUCCCCGUCGUUCACAACGGAUCGCUCCGUGUAGUUUGA